GUGAGAAUAUGUUGGGGCGCUGAUCUAACCAUUCACUGUCUCCAUGCUCUCUCUCCAGAAGGAGGACAUGCAGUGGCCUCGAGCAGAGCAGGAGGUUCCCACCUCCGUGUGCAGCCUUCCCUGUAAAACCGGCGAGAGGAAGAAGGUGGUGAAAGGCAUGCCCUGCUGCUGGCACUGCGAGCCCUGCGACGGAUACCAGUUCCAGCCUGACGAGUUCACCUGCAAGCUGUGCUCCUACAACAUGAGGCCCAGCGCCAACCGCACGUUCUGCCAGCCCAUCCCCAUCACAAAGCUGGAGUGGCACUCGCCCUGGGCGGUGAUUCCGGUUUUCCUGGCAAUGCUGGGCAUCAUCGCGACGAUCUUCGUCAUGGCUACGUUCAUACGGUACAACGACACGCCGAUCGUCCGGGCAUCCGGCAGGGAGCUGAGUUACGUCCUCCUGACUGGGAUAUUUCUGUGCUACAUCAUCACGUUCCUCAUGAUCGCCAAGCCAGAUGUCGGCGUGUGCUCGUUCAGAAGGAUUUUCCUCGGUCUGGGGAUGUGCAUCAGCUACGCCGCCCUCCUCACCAAAACCAACCGCAUCUACCGAAUCUUCGAGCAGGGCAAGAAGUCUGUGACGCCGCCGAGGCUGAUCAGUCCCACCUCGCAGCUCGCUAUCACCUCCAGCCUCAUCUCGGUCCAGCUGUUAGGGGUGUUAAUCUGGUUCGGGGUGGACCCGCCCAACACCAUCAUAGACUACGAUGAGCAGAAGACCUUCAACCCCGAUCUGGCUCGAGGGGUGUUGAAAUGCGACAUCACGGAUCUCCAGAUUAUCUGCUCGUUGGGUUACAGCAUCUUACUGAUGGUGACGUGUACUGUUUACGCCAUAAAGACCCGCGGCGUCCCGGAGAACUUUAACGAGGCCAAGCCCAUCGGCUUCACCAUGUACACCACCUGCAUCGUGUGGCUCGCCUUCAUCCCCAUCUUCUUUGGCACGGCGCAGUCGGCAGAAAAG